CUUGUCCUCUCUUCUUGUUUCUCCACAGGUGCUGGCGAAUCUGGGAAGAGCACCAUUGUCAAACAGAUGAAGAUCAUCCACGAGGAUGGCUACUCGGAGGAGGAGUGCCGGCAGUACAAAGCUGUGGUCUACAGCAACACCAUCCAGUCCAUCAUGGCCAUCAUCAAGGCAAUGGGGAACCUGCAGAUCGACUUUGGAGACUCCUCCAGAGCAGAUGACGCUCGGCAGCUGUUUGCGCUCUCCUGCACCGCUGAGGAGCAGGGCAUCAUGCCAGAGGACCUGGCUAAUGUGAUCCGGAGGCUGUGGGCUGACAAUGGGGUCCAGGCUUGUUUUAACCGCUCCCGAGAGUACCAGCUGAAUGACUCUGCUGCCUACUACCUGAACGACCUGGAGAGGAUAGCUCGUACCGACUACAUCCCCACCCAGCAGGAUGUGCUCCGGAGCAGAGCAGUGGGGCCGGGAGCUGCCACCCACCACCAUGUUGCCUCCCUGUCCAGGAUGUUCGAUGUAGGCGGCCAGCGCUCAGAGCGGAAGAAAUGGAUCCACUGCUUUGAGGGGGUGACGGCCAUAAUUUUCUGCGUGGCCUUGAGUGCCUACGACCUGGUGCUGGCUGAAGAUGAGGAGAUGAACCGGAUGCACGAGAGUAUGAAGCUGUUCGACAGCAUCUGCAACAACAAGUGGUUCACCGACACGUCCAUCAUCCUCUUCCUCAACAAGAAGGACCUCUUUGAGGAGAAGAUUGUGCACAGCCCCCUGACCAUUUGCUUCCCUGAGUACACAGGGGCCAACAAAUACGACGAGGCGGCCGGCUACAUCCAGAGCAAGUUUGAGGACCUGAACAAACGGAAGGACACCAAGGAGAUCUACACCCACUUCACCUGCGCCACCGACACCAAGAACGUGCAGUUUGUGUUUGACGCCGUCACCGACGUCAUCAUCAAAAACAACCUGAAGGACUGCGGGCUCUUCUGA